GCGGCGUCACGUGAUUUCGCGGAAGCGGCUGCUGCCGGCGGAGCUGAAGAAACCGGGGCAGCCCCGGGUCCCCCCCCCCCCCCGCCCGCCCGGCUGCCGCUCCCGGUUCCGCCGAACCCCGGGGCCUAUGGCUGGGGGCGGUCGAAAGCUACGUCCCUGGCUUGUGGCUCAGGUGGAGAGCGGACGUUUCCCCGGGCUGGUUUGGGACGACCCCGGGCGCACGGCCCUGCGCAUCCCCUGGCAGCACGCCGGGAAGGGCGGGGCGAGGGGAGGGGCCGGCACCGCCCUCUGCCAGGCGUGGGCAGAGUUUAAAGGCCGGCUCCAACCCGGGGCGCGUCCGGACCCCGCCGGCUGGAAGACGCGGUUACGCUGCGCCCUCAACAAGAGCCCCGAGUUCGAGGAGGUGCCCGAACGUUCCCGCCCGGAGGGGCCCCGGCCGUACAAAGUCUAUCGGCUCCUGCCGCCCCCUCCGCAGCGAAGCGGCGGGGGGCAGCCCCCCAAGCGCGGGGGCUCGCGGCCCCGGAAGGAGGAGGCAGGCGAUGGAGACCCCCAGCCCCAGGGCGGCACGGUGCCGUCCCCCAGCCCUGAGGAGGCGCCGGCUGAGGAGCGUUGCCCGGACGAAGGGGAACCCGCCGGGGCCCCGCCCACAGCCCCACUGACCCUGUGCAUCGAGGUGGACAGCCCUGAGCCCCUCCCCCCCGCCGAGGGACCCUCCUGCCUGUGCCUGCGGCUGUGGCUGGGGGGGCUCCUGGCCUGGCAGGGCCGGCUGCCCCCCGGGGAGUUCCUGCUGGGGCCCCCCCCGGCCCCGGGGAGCCCCCCCCGGCCCGGGCUGCUGCCCCGCCUGCUGCUGCUGCCGCCCCCCGAGGGGCUGCCCCCCGGCCCGGGGCGGCUGCUUGCGGGGCUGCGCCCGGGGCUGCUGCUGGCCAGCACCCCGCGGGGGCUGUUCCUGCGGCGCCGGCCCGGCCCGGCCCCGGGGAGCCCGGAGGUGCACUGCCGCGCCCCGCACGCCGCCGCGGGCCCCGGGGGGAGCGGGCACGGGGCCGGGCGAGCCCUGCCCGAGGGGGAGCUGGUGCAGGGCUUCGACGCGCAGCGCUUCCACCGGGAGCUGGAGCGACACCGCACUGGGCUGGGUCCCUGCCCCGAGCACCGAGUGACGCUGGCCGUGGGGCAGGAGCUGGGCCCCCACGACGGCCCCCACAACCGCACCCUCGUCCUGCAGCUCGAACAAGCCUUCGCCCAGCAGCUCCUCGACGGCAUCCCGGCGGCCGUGGGACCCCCCUAUCCCCCCCUCACACAAGUCUGAGCCAUCCGCCCCACGGGACUCCUCACCCGCGCCCGUGGGGCUCCGUGCCCGGUGGAUAAUAAAGCCGCGUACCCAGCACCGCUGUCACC